GGACAUUUUUGAAAGGUGCAACAGGAAACAACGGACUUUUGGUGAGAAGUUAAUAUCUCUGCAUGUGGAUUUAAAGUUAUAAAGAAGAUGUUUUUCAUGUUUGUGUUUUGAUCGGGGGAUUUCAUUCCCUCUUGGUUAUAAGCAGCCAGCGAGUGUUACUGGUUUACCUCUCAGACUGGAGAAGAUGAGUGAUUUGGAGGAAAAGGGGGACAGAUCAGAGUCUCCAGGAUCCAGCUCUCUGGCCAUGAAAGGAAAACCUCCAGACCUCAGUAAAGAACCUGGACCCUCAGACACAAAACGGAGAGCAGAGUCUCCAGGAUCCAGCUGUCUGUCCAUGAAGAGUGACCGGUCCAGAGAUUCUCCUCCAAACUUCAGUAAUGAACCUGGACCCUCAGACACAAAAGUUGAGUCCAACAGACAGAGAGCAGAGUCUCCAGGAUCCAGCUGUCUGUCUCUGAAGAGUGACUGGUCCAAAGAUUCUCCUCCAGACUUCAGUAAUGAACCUGGACCCUCAGACACAAAAGUUCAGUCCAACAGACAGAGAGCAGAGUCUCCAGGAUCCAGCUGUCUGUCUCUGAAGAGUGACUGGUCCAGAGAUUCUCCUCCAGACUUCAGUAAUGAACCUGGACCCUCAGACACAAAAGAGAGGAAGAGGAGUCCUGUUUCUGUGGAGGAGCAGCCGUCCUGCUGUGCUUUGUGUCAGGACGUCCUGAAGGAUCCGGUCUCUACCAGCUGUGGACACUGGUUCUGCAGACGGUGCAUCACCUCAUACUGGGACCAGUCUGCUUCAUCAGGAGACUCCUCCUGUCCCCAGUGUGGAGACAGAUCCAGAACAAGACCUGGACUGCAGACAGCCUGUCAGACCAGCACUGUACAAACAGAUAGUGGUCUGCAGGAGGUUUUAGAUGAACAUAAGAUCAGUCUGAGGAGGAGAUGUGAACGUGUGACUGAAGGAAGUGAUGAAACAGGAAGUGGAACCCUCCUCAACAGGAUCUACACUGAGCUCUACAUCACAGAGGGACAGAGUGAAGAGGUUAAUACCCAACAUGAGGUGAGGCAGCUUGAGACAGCUUCCAAGAUGGAGACCCUCCAUGACACUCCAAUCAAGUGCCACGACAUCUUUAAAGCCUUACCCGGCCAACAGAGACACAUCAGAGUCGUUCUGAUGAACGGCGUCGCUGGCGUUGGAAAAACCUUCUCGGUGCAGAAGUUCACUCUGGACUGGGCAGAGGGCUUGGAAAACCAAGACGUCAGUCUGCUGAUUCUGCUUUCGUUCAGGGAGCUGAACUUGAUCAGAGAUGCGCGGUACAGUCUUCUCGAGCUGCUCCAUGUUUUCCAUCCAACAUUACAGAAGGUCACAGCAGAGAAGCUCGCUGUCUGGAAACUUCUGUUCAUCUUUGACGGCCUGGAUGAAAGCAGACUUUCACUGGAUUUCCACAACAAUGAGGUCGUGUCUGAUGUCACACAGAAGUCAUCAGUCAACGUGCUGCUGACAAACCUCAUUGAGGGGAAUCUGCUUCCCUCGGCUCUCGUCUGGAUCACUACCCGACCUGCAGCAGCCAAUCAGAUCCCUCCUUCAUGUGUUGGCAGGGUAACAGAAGUACGAGGCUUCACUCACGCCCAGAAGGAGGAGUACUUCAGGAGGAGAGUCAGUGAUGAAGAGCUGUCCAGCAGAAUCAUCUCCCACAUCAAGACAUCCAGGAGCCUCCACAUCAUGUGUCUGAUCCCAGUCUUCUGCUGGAUCACUGCUACAGUUCUGGAGCACAUGUUGACUACAGACCAGAGAGGAGAGCUGCCCAAGACCCUGACUGACCUGUACUCACACUUCCUGCUGGUUCAGACAAAGAGGAAGAAGCAGAAGUAUGAUGAGGGACAUGAGACGAGUCCACAGGAGCUGACGGAGGCUGAUAUGAAGGUUCUUCUGAAGCUGGGGAGGCUGGCGUUUGAACAGCUGGAGAAAGGAAACAUCAUGUUCUACCAAGAAGACCUGGAGCAGUGUGGUCUGGAUGUCUCAGAGGCCUCGGUGUACUCAGGAGUUUGUACAGAGAUCUUCAGAAGAGAGAGUGUGAUCUUCCAGAAAACAGUCUACUGCUUUGUUCAUCUGAGCGUUCAGGAGUUUCUGGCUGCCGUCUACAUGUUCAACUGUUACACCGACAGGAACACAGAGGUUCUGGAGGACUUCCUGGGGAAAAUCUGGGAAUACAGGGGCUCACCCCUGGAUGACUUCCUGAUGAGAGCCAUGGAGAAAUCUCUGCAGAGUAAAAAUGGCCACCUGGACCUGUUUGUCCGCUUCCUUCAUGGCCUCUCUCUGGAGUCCAACCAGAGACUCUUAGGAGGCCUGCUGGGUCGGACAGACAACAGUCCAGAAAUCAUCCAGAGAGCCAUCAACAACCUGAAGAAGAUGAACAGUGAUGAGAUCUCUCCUGACAGAAGCAUCAACAUCUUCCACUGUCUGACGGAGAUGAACGACCACUCAGUCCAUCAGGAGAUCCAAGAGUUCCUGAAGUCAGAGAACAGAUCAGAGAAGAAACUCUCUGAGAUCCACUGCUCAGCUCUGGCCUACAUGCUGCAGAUGUCAGAGGAGGUUCUGGAUGAGUUGGACCUGCAGAAGUACAACACAUCAGAGGAGGGACGAUGGAGACUGAUUCCAGCUGUGAGGAACUGCAGAAAGGCUGUACACACAGACAUGUGAUAUCUGAUCAGCUGGAACUAACAUCACUUGAAGUUCAAGUUUUUUCAUGAAAGCGUUCAUGCAGUUAUUGCUAUUAUAAUUCUUCUCUGCAGUUUCUGAGCUAUUUCAUAUGAAGGACUGUUCUGUCUAUUUUCACAGUUGAGACAGUAUCUAUAACUAUAGUUUGAUUUGAUAGGAUGUGAGGGGAGGCCAUCCUCCCUGUUGAAGAACAAACAGAGCAUCCCCCUCUCCAUCCUCAUUAAAUAAAAGCUGCAACUUUACAUUGUGCAGUUCCAACGAUGAAUGUCUUUUCAUGUGUUUUGCUACAUUAGAAAUGAGUUAGAUUUACAAACAGUGAGGAAGCUCUCUCUCUGUCUACCUCUCUCUGGUAGGAUUUGAAUGGACUGGUCUGUAAACUGGUUUAUUCCAAAGCUGCUUUAGUAAUGUUCACUGAUAGAGAGCGUUUUUUAAAGCUUGUCCCAUUUUCUCACCUUCUCCAUCUGGUCACCUUAAUGUGAGAAAUGAUAUCAGUUUGCAAACACAAACUGUCGGACAACGUGUUUCCUUUCUGCACCAUUUCACAUCAGUGACUCUAAAGGCAAGAUAUGCAGAGAAAAUAGCAGCACACAUUUCCACUGUGGUUUUCAUUGUGUUAGCAGCCAGUCUUUGUGUAUUUAGCAGCUGAUUUCCUCAGACAGCAGCUCAUUACACAGUCAGCUGCUGGGACGGCCUCCAGGUUCAUUCUGCCAGUGAAGGAGAGCUCAGCAGGUUCAGUUCAGUGGAGGGAUUUUUACCGUCACCAAGCUCAGAGGAGAAAUUAUAUUGUUGUAGUCUUGUUUCCAAAACAUUUACUUCAGCCAGGUGAACUCCACUU